CCGAUCUGCAUACAUUAUUUGAUCUCGGUUGAGUGAAUUCUCCCGUCUUCUUUGCCUUCCGUCUCGUUACUAAAGCGCCCCACUGAAGGCGUGGACCCUAUACUGAAACUGUUCAUGUGGACGUUACUCCGACUUUGUUACAUGGUAUAAUAACUUUCAACACGUUCAACUUUUCUUUUUUUAUAGAUUAAACCGAUCAUUUGAACCUUAUAUACCUUGAAUAUCAAUCAUGGAAUCGCCUUGCAUUGGAAGUGAAAUGGCAGAAUGUACCCUUGCAAGUAAAGGGCGAGCUGCUCGUGAUGGUGGAAGUCGUACAAUUAUCUGGUGUGUACCUCGCUCUGUUUCUACGGCUCUCACCAAGUGUCUUAGUUUCAUUGAAGGCAUCCAAGUGUGGUUCGAACCCUACGCCUACUGCAGAAACACCCGAGUGAUUAUAAAGCAACAGCUAGACCUUGAUUUACCCACCGAAUACGAAGGGAAUGAAGAGAUUUAUAAACGGAUGACUGAUCACUUUAGAGAGACCGGGCAGUCAAACGUAACGAGACAGGAGAACCUUUCUUAUGCAUCGAUCGGUCGUUUUUUGGACCAGUCAGUAAGCCGUCAUGUCUUGGUGAAGGAUAUGGCUCUCACACCCGAUGAGUACAAGUUCCUCCCAAAAGGUUUCAAGCAUAUCUUCUUAAUUCGACAUCCUCUCAGAGUGUAUAAUUCGCUUCGAAAAUCAGUAUUUGCCCUAUUAUCAGCCCGAGGGAUGUUGAAAGGCGAAUCAGCAGUUGAGGAAACGUUCGACAUAAGACGCGACUCUCCGUUCCGAAACACAGGUGACUCGUCUCAUAAAUAUGUUUAUGACAUGUGGAAGUAUGUCAAAGAAAAUCUAGGCUCUGAAACCAUUGUUGUCGACAGUGACGAUCUGCUGACGAAUCCAGCCGAAUUACUACCGAAGAUCUGCCGAGCGGCCGGGCUGCCAUACGACGAAUCGCUCUUGAAGUGGGAUGGGUCUUCCGAAGUGACGAAGAGUUGGAUGGUUCCUUCGGACUACAUCGUCGAGAAUAUGGUGUACUUCUUCGACAGAGCUAUCAUGAGCAGCGAAUUUCUGCCGGCAAGUAAGAUGCCAUCACGUGACGACGUUCGACCUGACGUCAUUAGAUGUACCGAUCAGGCUAUGAAGUUUUAUGACGAAAUGUAUGAAGUUCGGAUCCAGGUCUAAGUAAUUCAUCCAUUAUACACCUUGUUCUGAGGUGCUAGCUAGGACACCAGUAUGUGUGAAUCUAUAUUAGCAGCCAUGGGACAGGGGCGCAAAGUAUAAGCCAGUUCAUAGAUGCAUGGGCAGAUAAAGGUCAUUUGUACCAAAAUGGUAAAACCCACAGAGAUGAAU